AUGAUCAAACUAGCGAAACUAGAAUUAGCACAUCCUAUGCACACAAAGCGUUUCACAUCGAUAGUGACUGAAUCAUUGUUACACUUAGCCAAUGGUUUUCGGUAUGAGAGUCCGCUUCUCAAAAGAAUGUGUCAGAAAGGCACUUCACCGGGACAUUUCGAUGGCUCCAAAUUCGCGUCGAGCCUAACCUUUUUUCAAAACCACAAGAAAGAACGACAGGCGAACGCCGCCAAGACCUACCCAUUCCACAGUGAGCAAGGCCCUGCUGUCCAUAAAGUAGAUGUCGCGGAUGGAUCUGCGACGGUUGUGCCACCGCCGGCGCCUGGAAAUUACACGGAAACUGUCCAAUGUUCCACAUAUCGGUUGGCUGUGGUGGAUAGUAGUACGGAUUUGCGUAUGGGACCUCCUGCUUGGGCAGAUGAUAGGCAACCUCCUGUUUGGGUAGAUGAUAGGUGAGA